CAUUGUUAUUAAGUUAAAUUUAUGUGUUAUUAAUGAUAAUGACGAUUGAAAGUGUUAACAUAAGAUACGUCAUUUAUAAUUAGAACUUUCCCACCAUGAAAGGAUGAGAGCUAUCCAUGUGCUGAUGUGGCAGUAAUUUAGUUUUGAAUAAUACCUAAAGCGAAGAUGAAAGACAAUGGUAGAUCAAGUAGGGCAAUUUACAACCCUGCCACCAUAAUAUGAAAGUACUUAAGAAAUGGAAAGAAGAGUAGAACCCGACCAGUUAAUCACAAGCAGCCAAAUAUCGUUGGAGAAGAGAGGUCAGUCAUCAGCUGCGGAUCACGGGAGAAUAGGGAGUUGUCGAUAAUACUUGGCUUGGGUUACUUCGUAUUCGCAAUGAAAAGAACUUUUUUGCCAAUAGGAACAAUAUAUUGCAAUUUACAACUACUCAAUUGUUUCUCAUCUAAUUGCUGCCUCUUGUAACUGACGCAAUGAAAAAAACUCUAUAUGUCUUACCAUUUUCCUUACAUGUUGAUGUAUCUAUGCAUAAAAUAGUAGAGAAGAUAACAGAAAUGCUAGAAAUCUCAAAAUUUUGAGUAAAUAAGAAAAGAGUUUUGUUUGUUUUAUAGGGUUUAACCCAAUUUCUAUCUUUUAUUUUUUCCAAUUUCCAAUUUUAUUUAGAUCAUCUACACUGGAAAAUCAAUAGAAACAAACCAAAAGAUUGCAUUCAUUGUUAUUAACUUAAUGCAUAUUUUAAUGAUAAUAAUGAUGAUUUUAAGUGUAAGGAAAAAAUUUAUAAUUAUAACAUGUCUACCAUGAAGAAUUAGAGUCAUCCAUGUGCUUAUGUGGCAAAGAUUUAGUUUUGAAUUCCUAUAAUAUUAAGUAAGGAUAAGGAUAAAGUAAAUUAAAUAAUUUAUUUUUCAAAGAUAAUUGAAUGUCAAAUGUUUAUUUUCUCUCUUUUCAUAUAUAUUUUGUUUAAUCGAUAAAAACAUUAUUUUUUAUGUUUAUGUUUGUUUAAUUUUUUUCAUCAAAAUGUAAAUUAUCAUUCAAUUUUAGUAAAAAAGAGUAUAAAAUUUUAUUCUUAAGGUUUAAUCAGAAAUUUUUUAUUUAAACAUAUAUGGUAUAUGUGACUCUCUGUUUUCUUAUUUAUAUUUUGUUUUCUGGACAAAAAAAAUAUUAUUUAUGUGUGUUUUGGUUAAGUUUAUCAACAUAUAACUUAUUAUUAAAGCAAAAAAAAAAAUACAUGGAUAAAUGAAAAAGAAUAAUUGGAUAAAAGAAAUGGAAAUAUUAAAGAAGAGAGAGGUAGCUCCAUAAAUACAUUAAUUUGGUUUACUUCGUAUUCGCAAUGAUAAGAACUUUUUUUGCCAAUAGGAACAAUAUAUUACAACUACUCAAUUGUUUCUCAUCUAAUUGCUGCCUCUAUAUGUCUUACCAUUUUUCUUACAUGUUGAUGUAUCUAUGCAUAAAAUAGUAGAGAAAAAAACAGAAAUACUAGAAAUCUCAAAAUUUUGAGUAAAUAAGAAAAGAGUUUUGUUUGUUUUAUAGGGUUUGACCCAAUUUCUAUCUUUUAUUUUUUUCAAUUUUAUUUAGAUCAUCUGCACUGGAAAAUCAAAAGAAACAAACCAAAAGAUUGCAUUCAUUGUUAUUAACUUAAUGCAUAUUUUAAUGAUAAUAAUGAUGAUUUUAAGUGUAAGGAAAAAAUUUAUAAUUAUAACAUGUCCACCAUGGAAGAAUUAGAGUCAUCCAUUUGCUUAUGUGGCAAAUAUUUAGUUUUGAAUUCCUAUAAUAUUAAGUAAGGAUUAGUUUCUUUUACCAAGAAACGUGGCUAGCUGAUGAUCUAUCAAUGUAGAGAGAAGCAAAUUUUAGCACAUGGAUUCUAUAUUUAGCUUGUAGGAAAAAACCAUUCAUUGGGUACAUAUUCUUUCUUCUGUUUCGUGUAACAACUUGCAGGAAAACACAUAAAAAGGCCAUUGUUGGAUGAACGGUGAAAAGGGUGAAGAGAAGUGUCAACCUUAGUUUAGUCCCUGAAAAAUCUCCCUAAUCCUGGUAUUUGUCUGACCCUCGCCAUAGCUCCCCAGAAUUAAGGAUCUAUCCCAUAUUCCCCCUUCCCAUUCUCCAUAUCUCUUGCAUCAUCCCAUUUUCCAUUUUGUUCUUCCUUGUUUCUCCCCAAGCUCCUUUGGCUGUCUCUUUCUUUCAGGACAUCACCAUGGCGAACUCGGCAUCAGGAAUGGCGGUCCAAGACGACUGCAAGCUGAAGUUUCUGGAACUAAAAUCAAAGAGGAACUACAGGUUCAUCGUGUUCAAGAUUGAGAACCAGCAGGUGGUUGUGGAGAAACUGGGGAGCCCAGAGGAGACAUACGAGGAUUUCACCAAGUGCCUCCCUGCCAACGAGUGCCGUUAUGCUGUCUAUGACUUCGAUUUCACCACUGAUGAGAACUGCCAGAAGAGCAAGAUCUUCUUCAUUGCAUGGGCACCUGACACAUCGAAGGUGAGAAGUAAGAUGGUGUACGCGAGCUCGAAAGACAGAUUCAAGAGGGAACUUGACGGGAUUCAAGUAGAGUUACAAGCAACCGAUCCCAGCGAAAUGAGUCUUGACAUUGUCAAAGGCCGAGCUCUUUAGACACACACACAGACAGACUCCAUCAUCAGAAGUUGUCCAAGUUUUUAUAAUGCUACAGAAAAAUAUAUGUUCACUCACACGCCACCAUUAAAUUCAUUCAUUGUGGAGCGUCUCUCCUCUCUUCCACCCUUUCUCUUGCUACUUGCCCCGCCCACCAUUGUUUUCCUUUUUUCUUUUGUGUUGUUCAUCAAUGGGGUUUAGUUAUAUUUUUCUCGGGGAACCCUUUGUUUCAUGGUUUCCUUGAGUUUCUUAUACUGAUGUAAUUUUUCAUUUUGUCAUGUUAUACAUACUCUUCUCUUCUUUGUCAUCAAAGUCACUUCUCCUGCCUUAAUGUUCUUAACUUUGCUGCUGAAGAAAGAAAGAAAAACCAGUAGUGUUGUCACCAAUGCUCUUUUAUGGGUUUGAUUGAUUCAUGACUCUAAUGUUUGCUGCUGAAGAAAGGAACCCAGUAGUGCUGUUACUAAAAGCUAUUUCAUAGGUUUGAUUGAUUCAGCCCAGUUGCCUAAUUGUUGCAUAUACACUUUUGAUAUGCAAUCUAUGGGGGAUUAACAAAAGAAACAGGCCAAGUUGUUGCUAUUAACAGAGUGCUAAGUUUUCAGAAAUGUUGAUUUAAAUAUGCAAAUAUUGUGUUUCAGACAAGCAAUCUACACUACAUGUCCCCUAAACACAGUUUGGCAAGCAAAGCAUACAGUUGAGGGCUUGAGGCAGCUAUUUACCAUAAGUUGAAUACAUCUACCCGCUUGUUAAACCGCUACGCAUCAUUAGGUUUAUCUGACAUUCUGAUAGUGCCAUUCAAAGUUCACAGCAUACAUGAAUAUGAUAUACCGCCAUACCCGUAAGAGUUAUUGUUAGAGAGUGGUAUAAGAUCCAACAUAACAUUUUCUCAACAAUUCGAGUUGUUGAGACCAACUGGUUUAUAACAUGGUAUCAAAGUUGGUUUGAUCAAGUGGUCGUGUGUUCGAAUCUCCAUGACACCAAAUAUUAACUGUUUGAUUAAAGCACAACGUAUGGUGAACUGAUCUGUCCAAACUUCAAGCUCAUGAGUUGGCUUUCGUUUGAGGGACACAUGCACGAACGAAACACAAUUGAUUGUUGUCUCAGUUACCACGAAUUGAAAGUCUUUCUACCGUGCCUUGCUUCUUUACAAGUAGUUUGCACUUUCCCUCACUAUUUGGCAACCCAUACCAAGCUCAUUUUGUUACUUGUAGUAUGUUUAUGGGUUGCUUAGCGGUUUCAUGUUUUAGCUGGUUGGUUUAGUAUGUCAAUGUACUUCUUGGACACCACAUUUUUCUAGUGUGUUAUUAUUAUACUUGAGAGUUUUUCCCAUUUGUUUUUGCACGAGUCUUGGUACUACACCAUUGUUUGGUUUUAUAUGUUUUUUAAAAUGGUUUGUCGAGCUAGUAUUUUCGUUUGUAUAUUUUAUUUGUAAUUUUGAAGGAAAUGAAUUUGAUAUUUGGUA